UAUCCAUCCAAACUGAUAAAUAAAGCCACAGCCAGUUUAAGUUCAUGUAACCUCUUCUCCCCUACAAAAGUUGGCUAACAGUUCCUUUGCAAGGCCGGCCGGUCGGGUCAUCGCGCGCUCCCGGUAGCUGUUCUGCAACGGGGAGAAGAAAAAACGGGCGCCCACCUUGCCAAACCAGGGCAUGGAGGCCGGCGUCGGAGGGGGCAACUGCGCGGGCCUCGUCGCCGUCGCGGCGGUGUCGGCCGCCGUCACGCUCGCCACUGUGCGCCUCUACCGCGGCCUCGAGUCCGACUUCAGGAAGAAGAUCCGGCUCCAGGAGUACGGGGGCCAGAUGGCGGGCGGCGUGAGGCCGGCGACGGGGAAGAAUAAGGUGCGGUUCGCGGCCGACGUGGUGGAGCCGUCGUCCAACAACGACGAGUACCGGAGAAGAAGGCAGCGGUUGGUCGCUGGCCAGACGUCGUAGCUGGCCGAUCCGCCUGCCUACGCCUUGCUUAGCUUUUGUUUUUAUUUUUGUUUUGUUUACUUGGUCUCAACAUAGUCGAUGUUAGAUUUUGGGUGCUCGUGAAAGGUGUACAUAUGCUUUCUGGCUUCUGCUACAAGAAAUGAAUGAAUAAUGCGGACGGAGGUGCGCAUGUAGCUGCAUACUCCACCGUCUGAUUCGCUGGACA